AUGCCGUUGAUUCGUCAUUUCGAUCUCUCUGAUUUAGAAAGUCAAUCAGAAGUGGAAACGAUGACGAGAGCUGUUCUACUCCGAGCUCUGACGAAGAAGAAGUUCGUUGUAUCGAAGGUUCCUCGAUCAUUCUCCAUCACCAAUCUCUCUCGAUGCAUAAGCACUCUGAUUCUAGCAGAACAUGAAAGUGGUUCAAUCAAAGCUCAGACAGUGAGUACAGUAGUUGCAGCGAAUUAUCUGGGUGAGAGCUCUUCGAUUUCUCUGCUAUUGGCUGGUUCUGGCUCUUCUCUUCAAGAAGCCGCCGCUCAAGCUGCCUCUUGUCACUCUUCUGUUUCCGAGGUGCUCGUUGCUGAUUCAGAUAAAUUUGAGUACCCUUUAGCUGAACCUUGGUCUAAAUUGGUCGACUUUGUUCGGCGACAAAGAGAUUACUCUCACAUCCUUGCUUCCUCGAGUUCAUUUGGCAAGAAUCUACUACCUCGUGUGGCUGCUCUUUUGGAUGUUUCUCCUAUUACCGAUGUUGUCAAAAUCUUGGGAUCCAACGAGUUUAUCAGGCCUAUAUAUGCGGGAAAUGCUUUGUGUACAGUUCGUUAUACUGGUUCGGGUCCUUGUCUGUUGACUAUUAGAAAUACAUCCUUUCCUGUAACCCCAAUAGCUGCAGACUCUGAGUCAAAGAAAGCUACUAUCUCUCAGAUUGAUCUUUCAGAGUUCAAAGAAGACUCUGUUAGUAGAUCUAGAUACGUGUCACAAUCAACUCAGGAUACAGAAAGGCCUGAUCUUGGAAGUGCACGCGUUGUGAUAACUGGUGGAAGGGCCUUGAAGAGUGUGGAGAAUUUUAAAAUGAUCGAAAAGCUUGCAGAAAAACUUGGUGGAGCAGUUGGUGCCACUCGUGCUGCUGUUGAUGCUGGAUAUGUUCCUAAUGACCUUCAGGUGGGACAAACAGGGAAAAUAGUAGCACCAGAGCUAUACAUGGCGUUUGGUGUUUCAGGAGCCAUUCAACACUUAGCUGGAAUUAAGGAUUCUAAGGUGAUUGUCGCUGUUAAUAAAGACGCGGAUGCACCUAUUUUCCAGGUUGCUGAUUAUGGACUUGUUGGAGACCUUUUUGAGGUGAUACCCGAGUUGCUGGAGAAGCUUCCGGAGAAGAAAUGA